AUGACCGACAUCUUCACAUCCACUUUUGGCCAAGCCAAAUUGACUGGCCGCGACAGUUGGAUCAAAUGGUUCCAGGCCUUCCGCCUUAUGAGUGAGGGACUCGAGGUCUGGAAGUACGUCGACCCAGACGCUCCAGACUCCGACGCACUCCUCACUCCUCUCACGGCGUUCACUUCACCUUCUGACUUCGAACUAUUACUCUCAACCCGUAAUGAAGAAGAACAAAGAGCCUACGAGGCACGCCGUGAGGCGUUCGAAAACGACCAAAAGGACUGGGAAAUCCAUCGCCAGCAACUUCCAGCCCCAACUCCCAGCAUGACCCCUUCGACUUCCUCGAGCACGAGCAACCCACAGGAUCCAGCUGGAACUCCUUUUACGAUACCAGCUAUGCCACCUACUUCACGCAAUCAAAUCUAUCCCCAUACCGCACCCGUGAAGAGGAUCCAUACGCUCGAGAAUAUUCAGAAGGAAUGGGAGCUCUCUGCCAAAUACCAUCAAAUCAUGGCCCCUGAACGUAACAGUGUUAAUACGCACAUCAAACUCCUCGCCCAGUGGUUGGGAAAAUCAGUUAACGCCACUCUCUACGAACACGCAUUCCAGAAAGCAACCGAGAACGGCGUCAAGUUCAGCGUACAACGAAUCGUCAGACGACUGAAGCAGGAACUGGCGCCCUCCGAAGCCAUGGUCAGGAGUGCGGUUCGCCAGGAGUACAGACAAGUCCUCAGCAAAGCGAGGACCGGAGUUAACCCCCAACGCUGGUACGAGGAGUGGCAGUCUGCUUACCUCCGAGCCAAAACGUACGAUAUCCCGGAAAUUGACGGAGAGAUCGCCAUAAUCGACUUCCUGGAUGCGGUUAAGUCCAGACUCAACCCUACAUGGGGCCAACGCACUUAUGAGACUUUCCGCGAAUCAAUGGCCUUCGAAACACACACCAGGACCCUCGAGGAGAUUGCGUCAAGGAGGGGCUUACUCCACUUUCGCUGGACGCUCUGA